AUCCAGAGUUCCCAGCCCAUGUAUAAAUUGGGUAAAAGAAAUGGGAAAAACAACCUUACUUCUACCAUACAAUGUCCAACUUUAACUGGUCAGACCCUUCAAGAAAUUUCGUCCAAUCAGACAGAUCCAUAUGGUCCUCCAUAUUUCUAGCUACCCAAUACAACGAACAACCCCUUCAAAACCCAGACCAGCAGCCUCUCACAGAAAUGAACCCCUCGUCGCUUUCUGUCUUUCUUCUAACUCUUGUCCUUGUCUCCCAUACUUGCCUCUCUUCGUCUUCUUCACAAACCACCUCUGAACUCUUUGAAGUUUGGUGCAAAAAGUAUGGCAAGUCAUACUCUUCAGCACAAGAAAAGCUCUACAGGCUCAGUGUGUUUGAGGACAAUCUUGCCUUUGUUACCCAACAUAACGAUAUGGGCAAUUCUUCUUAUACCCUUUCUCUCAAUGACUUUUCUGAUCUCACUCACCAUGAGUUCAAGUCCUCUCGUUUAGGCUUCUCACCCACCUUUCUCAGUCUUAAGCGUAAAUCAGAUAGGAAACCCAGCGUAGUUCGUGAUCUUCCUUCUUCAUUAGAUUGGAGGAAGAAAGGGGCAGUCACUAAUGUGAAAGAUCAAGGGAGUUGUGGUGCUUGUUGGGCCUUCUCAACUACUGGUGCCAUCGAAGGUAUCAACAAGAUUGUCACAGGAUCGCUCAUCAGCCUCUCUGAACAAGAGUUGGUUGAUUGUGACAGAGUUUAUCCAAACAACGGCUGCAACGGCGGACUUAUGGACGAUGCAUUUCGAUUUGUCAUAGAUAACAAUGGGAUUGACACUGAGGAAGAUUACCCAUAUAAAGGUUGGGAUGACACCUGCAUUAAGAAAAAGCUAAAGAGGAAUGCUGUGACCAUAGAUGAUUAUACUGAUGUGCCCUCAAAUGAUGAGGAACAGCUAAUACAAGCUGUGGCAAGUCAACCAGUGAGUGUAGGUAUAUCGGGCAGUGACAUGGCAUUUCAGCUGUACUCAAAGGGGAUUUUCAAUGGCCCUUGCUCGACUUCUUUGGAUCAUGCUGUGUUAAUCGUAGGUUAUGGUUCCGAAAAUGGAGUGGACUAUUGGAUUGUAAAGAAUUCAUGGGGGACAAAUUGGGGGAUGAAUGGCUACAUGCACAUGCUGCGUGAUCAUAGCAAUCCCAAGGGGAUCUGUGGCAUCAACACGUUGGCUUCAUAUCCAAUAAAGACGGGGGAAAACCCUCCUCUUCCCCCGCCUUCUCCGCCGCCAGGGCCUACUCGGUGCGAUAUCUUUACACACUGUGCAGCAGGGGAAACCUGCUGUUGUGCCAAGAGGGUUGUGGGAAUAUGCUUUUCUUGGAGAUGCUGUGAGUUGGACUCUGCUGUUUGUUGCAAGGAUCAGCGUCACUGUUGCCCCCGUGAUUAUCCCAUCUGUGAUACAGAAAGGACGCUGUGCCUCCAGAGUAAUGAGCAGCUAUCAACGCAGCAGUCGCAUGCCACUGGGAAUUUAACAUCGAAAGCGCUUAAGAGUAGAGGCAGUUUGAGGAAGUCAAGCCGCGGGUGGGGCUCCAUGAUUCGGGGUUGGAUCCUAUGAAAGUAAAGUUCUCUAUAGUGGUAAUGAUGCUGAGCCAUAUUUCUUUGCCAGAGGAUAAGAUUCUGUAUAUAACUUGAAAACAAAUGCGUCCUGUUGCACUCACAAAUACCCAUUCAUUUGAUGAUUAUGUAAUAUCUUCUCAAUACAUACUGAUUUUUGCAACAACAAUGGACUGUGUGAUCAAUCCUUGCCAUUUCGUCAAAUUAAAUCAGAUGGAAAUCCUUCA